UCUUUCGCGUAUAAGGAUACGAGAUUAGGGUUUAUCGGCUAAAACACCCUCUCCGUGAAGGCCUCAGACUCUCAGAGAAUGGCUGACGACUCAGCUUCACUAUCGGGCCAGCUCGCAGCCACAACCCUACACGACGCCGUUUCUUCCUCUGACGUCGCAAAGGCCGAAUUUUCUGACCGUGUCCCGAUACGAUCUAUCGUUUCCAGGCCCGACGGCGGGGUGGGGCUCGCCGGCCACCGGGUUCGGAUCGGCGGAUGGGUCAAGACGGGACGGAAAGCUGACAAGGACGCGUUUGCGUUCCUGGAGCUCAAUGACGGGUCGUGCCCGGCGAACCUGCAGGUAAUCGUUGAUGCGUCCGUUUCGGAUCUAAGCCCGCUCGUGCCGACCGGCACGUGCAUCGCCGUCGAUGGCGUUCUGAAGCUUCCUCCCUCCGGGACCAAGCAGAAGGUGGAACUUAGGGUCGAGAAGGUGGUCCAUGUUGGCCCUGUUGACCCGGCCAAGUACCCAUUGCCGAAGACCAGGCUGACGCUUGAGUUUCUCAGGGAUUUCGUGCACCUUCGUCCUAGAACCAAUACGAUAUCUGCAGUUGCUCGAAUCCGCAAUGCACUUGCAUAUGCUACGCAUACGUUCUUCCAAAAGCACGGAUUCCUUUAUGUUCACACUCCGAUUAUAACCACUAGUGAUUGUGAGGGUGCUGGUGAAAUGUUUCAAGUUACUACUUUGAUUAGUGAAGCUGAUAAGCUGGAGAAGGAUUUGAUCAAGAAUCCUCCUCCAUCAGCAGCCGAUAUAGAAGCUGCUCAGCUUCUUGUCAAGGAGAAAGGAGAGAUUGUUGCCCAGUUGAAAUCUGCCAAAGCGAAAAAGGAGGAUAUCAAUGCAUCUGUGGCCGAACUAAAGAAGGAAAAAGAGAAUCUGUCAAAGCUGGAGGAGAGAUCAAAGCUUAAACCUGGUAUCCCCAAAAAGGAUGGGAAGAUUGACUACGGACUAGAUUUCUUUGCACGUCAAGCAUUUUUGACUGUCUCUGGCCAAUUGCAAGUUGAAUCGUAUGCAUGUUGUCUUAGUAGUGUCUAUACUUUUGGUCCAACUUUUAGAGCAGAACAUUCUCACACCUCAAGGCAUCUGGCUGAGUUUUGGAUGGUGGAGCCUGAAAUUGCAUUUGCAGAACUCAAGGAUGAUAUGAAUUGUGCAGAGGCAUAUGUGAGAUUUCUGUGUCAGUGGUUACUCGAUAAUUGCCUUGAUGAUAUGGAAUUUAUGGCUGAUAAGUUUGAUAAAACUUGCAUUGAGCGUCUAAGGAUGGUUGCUUCCACACCUUUUGAGCGGAUUUCCUAUACAGAAGCUGUGGAACUUCUGGAAGAGGCUGUGAAAGGGGGCAGGAAGUUUGAGAAUAAAGUGGAAUGGGGAAUUGACUUAGCAUCCGAACAUGAAAGAUACUUGACGGAGGUAAAAUUUCAGAAGCCUGUUAUUGUCUAUAAUUAUCCAAAAGAUAUCAAAGCAUUCUACAUGAGGCUGAAUGAUGACUCAAAGACAGUGGCUGCUAUGGAUGUCCUUGUACCAAAGGUGGGAGAGUUAAUUGGGGGAAGCCAAAGGGAGGAGCGUUAUGAUGUCAUUCAGCAAAGAAUAAAAGACAUGGAGCUGCCUAUUGAGCCAUAUGAAUGGUACCUUGACCUGCGGCGCUAUGGAACAGUAAAACAUUGUGGUUUUGGUCUUGGAUUUGAACGAAUGCUUCUCUUCGCCACUGGCAUUGAGAAUAUCAGAGACGUUAUUCCUUUCCCCAGAUAUCCUGGGAGAGCAGAUCUUUGAUCCUUAUUCAUUUUUAUAUUGAACUUUGAAUACUUGGCGUCUAGAUUUCCAAAGGAGUCAUUCCGUAUUUCCUAAUUCUGAAGUUAUAAUUGUACCUGAUUGAUUGAGAGUAAAAGUGAAUCAGGAAAACUAUAGGAUUGAAAUUUGUGUCUACCUUGUAUAAGCGUAAACUUUAUUUGUAGUGUUUCUGGUGUGUUUCUUUUAUGCCUUAUUUUCCGGA